AAUAAUUUUGACGUGUGAAAACUUUAAUUAAAAAAUUAGUCGAUAUAACAAUAUCUAUUAACAAUUAAAUGGCAAUAUAUAAAAAGAAAUAUCAAAAAUAAAAUAAUUUUUAAUUUUUGCUCCAAUUGUUUUACAUAAUUUUAUCUCGGCCAUCAUCCACUGGACUUUGAACUGGUGAUUGUUUUUAAUUAAUUUAAACACAAUUUUCUAGCUUUAUAUUUGCAAAAUGUCUGACUCAACUGAACGUAAGGCUAAUCCCAUCAAAUCUUUUUUGAGCGGAGGUUUCGGAGGCAUAUGCACUGUAUUAUCGGGUCAUCCUUUAGAUACUAUUAAAGUACGCUUACAAACUAUGCCCCGUCCUGCUCCAGGUGAACAGCCCAUGUUUAAAGGUACUUUCGAUUGUGCUGCCAAAACAAUCAAAAAUGAGGGUUUCCUAGGCUUAUAUAAAGGUAUGUCUGCUCCUAUGACCGGUGUGGCUCCAAUUUUCGCUUUAUGUUUUGCUGGUUAUGCGCUGGGAAAACGUGUUCAACAGACUGAAGGCAAUACAAAAUUAACAUAUUCCCAAACAUUUGUGGCUGGUUCCUUUUCUGGUCUACUCUCCACUAUUAUUACUGCUCCCGGUGAGCGUAUAAAAUGCCUAUUGCAAAUUCAACAAGCUUCAUCUGGGGCAGAACGUAAAUAUAAUGGCAUGGUUGAUUGUGCCUUAAAAUUGUACAAGGAAGGUGGCAUUCGUUCUAUAUAUAAGGGUAGCUGUGCUACUCUACUUAGAGAUUUGCCGGCUAACGGCUGUUACUUCUUGGUAUACGAGUACUUACAAGAAGUUGCCAAAAAACAAAGUGGCAGUGAUCAGGUCAGUUUAACUGCCACCCUAUUUGCUGGUGGUUCUGCUGGUAUCGCUUACUGGUUAGUUGGUAUGCCUGCCGAUGUUUUAAAGAGCCGUUUACAAACAGCUCCCGCUGGUACAUAUCAACACGGUAUUCGUAGCGUUUUUAAGGAACUAAUGCUUAAGGAUGGACCUUUUGCCUUAUAUCGUGGUAUAACACCCAUUAUGAUUCGUGCUUUCCCUGCCAAUGCCGCUUGUUUCUUUGGCAUUGAACUGGCUAAUAAAGUAUUUAAUAAAUUCGCUCCAGAUUUUUAGUUCCUUCGGUAAAAACGUAUAGGAUAUUGUAACAAUUUAUAUUUUUGUACAUUUAUCACGCAUCUUAGAUGUGCCCUAUGUUUGAUAUUAUUAGAAUUUCAAUAAUAAGAAAAGGUGAAGACAAAUAAAUGCAUAUUAGUUUGUAUUAUUUGAAUCUAUAAA